AUGGUGGAAAUACUUGAUAGUGAAGAUGAGGAACUUCAGAUUGCUUUGAUAGAGAGCAUUGGAAGCUCUGAAGCCAUUGUAAAUCUACCAGAUAUUCAAACUGAUCUUGUCCCUGAAGACAAUCUGCAAAGUGUCCUUGAGGCAUUCCAGGUGGAAACAGUUGAUAAAGAAUCUGUAACAAAACUGCUGGUCAUGCGCAGUGAUGUUUUAAAUACGGCCUUGAAAGGCUUGAACAGAAAGAAAAUAAACUUCAAAUCAUAUCUCUAUAUCAAUUUUUCUGGAGAGAUGGGAGAAGAUCAGGGAGGUCCAAGGUUUUUUAGAUUAGCAAUGAAGGCCUUGCAGGACUCAGCGUUCUUUGAGGGACCAGAAAAUUCUAAAAUAUUUUCUCAUAACAUUUCAUUGUUGGAAAUGGACCAGUAUAAGACCAUAGGAAGAUUAGUGGCAUUGUCUCUGGUCCAGGAUGGGCCUGGCAUCCAUGUCCUUCACCCUGACCUGUACAACCUAAUGGUUGGCAGACCAUCAAAGAUGGAAGACCUUGAAGAACUGCUACCUGCAGCCACAUGUAAAAUGUUACAACAGUUGAGAGAUGCUGAUGAUGAGGAUAAGAGGGACCAGAUAUCAGGAGAAAUAUCACAAUUUACUACCGGAAUGAAUGAUGUCAACCUUGCAUGGGACAUGGUCAAAUCACACGCAGAGUUAUUCGAGCCUUUGUUUUGCUUUCAUCCAAAAGAGAUCACAGGUGAAGAAAUGAUACGUGUGUUCAAAAUGAACUACAGUUUGGUGGGGUCCAAUGACAGGGCCCUUGAAGAUGUUUCAGUAUUUGGCUGGGAGGCGUUUCUACAGUCUAUUGAAGAUGGUGACAUUGAUGUAACAUUAUCAGAAGUUAUUGCCUUUGUGACGGGGGCUGACUGUUUCCCACCUUGUGGAUUUUCGAAGUUGAUAGAUGUGGACUUCUACACUUGUGAAGGCAGACUUCCAUCAGCUUCCACUUGUGCUCUCCAGCUGUGGUUACCAAGAGUCAAUAAUCCUGAUAUGAUUUCCAAACUUAUAAAGGUCAGAAUAAAAAAGUUGUUUGUGUGUAACCUCAUGGUGUUCAGUGGAAUGUACUACUCUGGCUCUGUGACUCCUACCUGA